AUGAAGGUCGCGAUCGCUCGGUUGUCGCUGUUGGCGAUUGUCUUCGGCUUGGUGACCUCAACUCACAGCAGUUUCAUCAACAGAGCCCUCGCGCUGCCGGCGGAACAAAAGGACGCAUUGACUGCUACAAUUGGAGUCGGGGUUACACUUUGGCUCGGUGAUGGCGAGUCUUGCACCGCUGAAACUAUCACCGACACUUCUACGCAGACCGGAGGUGUCUCUGCAGCUGCCACCAAGAUCGUCACCGAGGCUACCACCUACACUAUAGGUGGUUGCCGAAAUGCCCAUACUCCGAGUGCCAUUCCCAAUGUCGGCAUUGGACCCGUGGCCGUUGCUGCAAAUACCGCCAGGGCACUGCCCGGAGUUGCACUCAUAAAAACGAUCACAGAUUACACAACCGAAGUGAUCACAGCGUGUACAUGCACAGCUAACUUGACUGUUACGACAACCACCUCCAGUAUACCUGUGACAACCUCCAGUGUACCUGUGAUAACCACCUCCAGUUUAUCGGUGACAACCACAUCCAGUAUACCGGUGACAACCACAUCUAGUAUACCGGUGACAACCACCUCGAGUGUACCUGUGACAACCACCUCACGACCUAGAACAACCACCUCACGACCUAGAACAACGACCUCGAGCGUACCUACGACUACUAGCUCGAGUGUACCUGAAAUUACCAGCUCAAGUGUGCCUGGCACAACCACCACGAGCGUGUCUGAGACUACCAGCUCGAGUGUACCUGUGACAACCACCUCCAGCGUACCUGGAACAACGACCUCGAGCGUACCUACGACUACCAGCUCGAGUAUACCUGUGAUAACCUCCAGUAUACCUGUGACAACCACAUCCAGUAUACCGGUGACAACCACCUCCAGCGUGCCUGGCACAACCACCACGAGCGUAUCUGAGACUACUAGCUCGAGCGUGCCUAGUAUAACUAGCACUAGCGUUUCUGAGACUACUAGCUCGAGCGUGUCUGGCACAACCACCACGAGCGUGUCUGAGACUACUAGCUCGAGCGUGCCUAGCACUAGCGUUUCUGACACUACGAGCUCGAGCGUGUCUGAGACUACUAGCUCAAGUGUGCCUGUCACAACCACAUCUAGCAUACAUAGGACAACCACCCUAACAACAUCGAGGACUAUUACUGACUCGACUGCCACUGCUCCGGGGCCGACAACAUCACCAGCCACUACAGUAACAACCAGAACCACUUCCAGCUCUGUAGGUGUUACCACUAUUCCAGUGUCCACAACAUCAGCGGCUGCCACCGAUAUUUCGACUGUCACUCUCCCGGGAACAACACUUCCAGGGGCCACAGUCACGACAAUUAUUACUGAGACUGCCACUGUAUCAAGUGGUAGUAGCACUUUACCCGGGUCCACCCGUACCACAGCUGUCACAGAAAGUACAGUGAUCAGUGAUUCAACGAGCAGUAUUGGCACUAUCACUAUCCCAGUUUCGCAAACAACCAAAACAAUCACUCGUACUCUCACCGUUACCGGGCCUAGUGCGACAUCGACCCAAAGCCUUAGCAGCACUACGUCGGUGCCUGCCUCUGUAUGCCCCAGUCUCAUCAGCAAUCCAUCUUACACACCCUCCGCCGUGUUGCCAGAUGACUAUACCUGGGGCUGCGCACCCGGGUAUCUCUGCAAGCCCGGUCAUGCAGGUGACCGCUCGAACUGCAAUAUUGAAGCAGGUCUUCCCGACCCCGGAUACGUCUGCAGUCCCUCAGACUGCAUUGUGGCUCCGCCUUUAGACGUCCAUCCGUCUUGGCAGUACAAUGUCUCGAACAUUUAUUACAACCUCAAUCCGGAGGACUUCGGCCUCAAUUACUCUAUCUUCGAAGACCCACUGGCAGCCAACAGUAAGCGCGACAUGUCGUUGUGGGAUUUCGCUGUCGCCCAAAGGAUCAAGAGGGCCGACAUAACGAACAUUCCCACAGUCUGUUAUAAUGAUUGCCUCGAUGCUGCACAUGAGCCGCAAAUGCUUGGAAAGACACCUGAGCUCUGCAAGAGUGACUCGGCGUUCAUGGAAAACUUGGAUAUUUGCGAGGAGUGCAUUACCAACAACGCUGAAUCCGGCUCUGAUCCAUAUUCAUCCAUAAUGUUGCCGACUUUUGCACAGUGGCUGAAUUUCUGCUCCGAUAUGGUCACUUCCACAACAGCACAAAGUGUGACCAGUACUCAGAUGGACACUACGGCGGCGAGCACCCAGAUUACCGCUGCUACCAGCACGGAAACAUCGACAGCAGCCACGAUCACGAGUACUCAGGCUAGCAGCACUGAAGCUAGCGUCACUGAACCGACAAGCACUGAACCGACAAGCACUGAAGCUACCAGCACGGAAGCUAGCAGCACUGAAGCUAGCGUUACUGAACCGGCGAGUACUGAAUCGCCAAGCACUGAAUCGACAAGCACUGAACCCGCGAGCACUGAAUCGACAAGUACUGAACCGACAAGCACUGAGGCUAGCAGCACUGAAGCUACAAGCAUUGAACCGACGACUACUGAAUCGAUAAGCACCGAACCGGCGAGCACUGAAGCUACCAGCAUUGAACCGACGACCACCGAAAAUACAGGAAAUGAAAACACGAGCACCGAGUCCACAAAUACCGAGACAACGAGCACUCAGUCCGAAACAAACACUGCUACCACCGGGACCGAGCAAACAUCCAGCCCAGAAACAACUCAACCAGUCACUCUCAUCGCCAUCUCAGCUUCCGGCUCAAUCGUGACCACCUCGGUAUCUGGUUCACUUGUGACAACUUCUUUCUCUGGGUCUUUUGUGACAAUCUCGACAUCAGGCUCCCUCGUGACAAGCUUAGUACCUGGAUCGAUCGCGACAACAUCAGUAUCUGGCGUGCUUAUCACAACAUCCUUGCCCGGUUCGAUCAAGACCGUGUCGAGCACUCUAGGCACAGAGACCGGCGGUGAAAGCACAUCUGACAAUGCUGUCAGUAGUCCAUCGAGCUCGGUUCAGACGAGUCAGACGAGUCAGACUGAUUCGGCAACUGCCUCUACCUUUUCCCCGGCCUACAAUUCGGCAGGAUCUUGGAAUAUCCCUAGUGUUGGCUUAAUUGGUCUCUUGUGGGCUGCUUUUGUGCCACUCCUCUAG